AGUUCGCGUAGACUGUAGUGCACAUGCAUGCAUAGCGCUGGAUUAUAUCGACUGAACUCGCCUGACCGACCGUCGCAAUGUCUGUCCUACCGAGGACCACCGAACCCGUCUCCCUGCAGGACUACAUUGCAUCGCUGGACAAAUCCACCCUCCCCAGAAUAUUACAGAUUUGCUCAGGAGUGUAUUUUCAAGGGUCCGUGUACGAGAUGUCUGGCAGCGAGGUCUGUCUGUCCACGGGGGAUCUGGUGAAGGUCAUCAGCACUGAGCUCCUGAAGGUCUCCUGUGAGGAUGUGAACACCAAAGAGACCUUCGAUCUGCCGCUCAGUUACAAAGGUUCCUUUGAGCUGCUGUCAGAGUCCCUGCCCUACUCCACAGUGGAGGAGAUUGUGACCAUGGUGCGGACGGGCACAGACGAGGACAGGUCCUUCUGCUUCGUGAGCUGCGUGGACGUGUUCUACGACGGGCUGGUGGUGCGCAGCGGGGAGCCCCUGACCUUCGUCAGCGUGGAGGAGCGUGGGGGCCGGCGGACAGCUCACUGCAUAAUGGAUGGGGAGCAGGAGCAGGUCUCCCUGCACAUCCCCCUGUCCUGUCACGGGGAGUUCUACGAGUGCCUGGACGAGCAGAGCUACUCCCUGUCCCAGCUCCUGGCCUCCCCUCACCUCUGCUCUCGCCGGGUCAGGAUGUGCGAUCGCCAGGGCCAGUCCCAGGGCGCACUGCUGCUCUGCCCUGUCUAUGAGAUCCAGGCCAUCAUGCACUUAAGAAAGAACUUAGUGAAGAUGCCCUCGACCCUGGAGGUGGAUUUGAUAGAUGUGACUGAACAGUGCAGAGACGUGACCUUCAUCUCCCCCCUAUCCCUGAGCGAGAUCCUGUCCCAACCUCACGACGUCUUCCCAACGCUCUCGGAAAUCCUGGAGGGACCCGAGAGCCAGCCUCUCUUCAAGUGCGAGUGGCUGCCGGCACUGCGGAAAGGCAACCACCUCCUGAUCCACGGAGCUCUCCACUCCAAGAUGGUCCUGGCCUCCACUGUGGCUGGCAAGAAGCCCAAGAGGUACUUCCUGAUCUUGCAGAGCUACGGGGGACGCUUCCGGAGGAGACCCCGAGAAUUCCACACCGUCUAUGACCUCUCUGUGGCCGCCAGCAAGAAUGCCGGCAUGAAAGUCACCGUCUCCAAAUACUGUGAGAGCCUUGAAGAGGAUCUCCCUGCCCUGAGUAUUGGAGACCAGCUCGAGGUGCUUGAUCAAAGCCAGGUGGAGGGUAGUUGCCUGGGAAAGGAGCCUGGGCUGGUGUGCAACCGGGUAAGCGAUGAAUGUGAUGAUGAUGAGGAGGACUGUGAGCAGAUUUCGCUACCCAUGUACCUAGAAGGGAGCUUUCUGGAGAAGAUCAGCGACCACACAAAGUACAGUAUUCUGGACAUCUGUGAGAAAUUCAGUCUGCCCCUGGAUGUGAAGGUGGCGGUUCGGGACCCUUCCUUGGAGAAUGAUCUCCUGGGCACCUUCUCCACUCUGCGGCUGGAGGAGGUCACCCUGGAGCCCACCGUACUGGCCAGCUUACCAGCUGCCCCCGAGGACUGCUUCUACUUGCCUGCCAAAUGGAUCAACAUGUCAGUUUCCUUCACCAAAGACCCCCUGCCCUGGGAAAAGAACAAGGCCCCUGUCCUGAAGCAGCAGCACUUAUGUGAAGUGACAGACAAUUUCUACUAUGACUUCCGCAAGCUCACCGUCUCGGACGUGGCCCCGCCUCCCCGGCCGCCCAAGAGGAGGACAUCUUCGUCAAAAGUCCCAGAAAAGACUAAGGCUCUGGCUAAAGUCCCACCCCUUCACUCUGUGGAGACCAUUCCCCCCCAACUGGCCAAGCUCACCAUCUCUGAAAACCCACAGAGGCUCUGCCCCUCUCCGACUCUUAACAGCUUUCCUGAGAAGCCCCCAGUGCUAGCCCCCAGGAGACCCAAGGGGAAGGGAAAGGAGGACGCCCACCUCAACGAGUACACCAAGACCCCCAAAGUCACGAAGGCCAAGAAGAAAAUCAAAGUUGCUGCUUCCGAUGACGACAGCGAUCACGAUUACGAGUCAAUUGAGGACUCCAUAAAGAGCUCUCAUGAGGCAAUACUGUUCUACUGAAAACACAGCAGCAGCGGGUGUGAUUUGAGGACGUCUUCUCAGGACCCCUGAAGCCCUCUGGGUGUCCUGUUUGAUGCCUGACUGCUUUCUGAACAGUGGAAGUGCUAUCCCAUCCUGUCAGCUUCCUUAGAGUGUUUUAAACUCUUCAUGCUUCAGCAUUGCUAUCUGAGAUAAUGUCCGCAGCGAGAGUUAAGUGAAGCAGAACACUCAGGGUCCAUCACCAAGAUCAUUAGGAUUAAGAUGUAUAUGAAUCCUUUUUUAUGUUUAAGCAAUAAGGCACGAGAGGGCAUGGGUUGUGCUGGAUAUUGUCACUUCUUGGUGCGUUGUUAGGUAUUUGUUACCAGGGCUGGAAUCCACAAAGCAAUUUAAGAAAAUUCUUAUCUUAGUUACCAUGGAAACUUCUUAAGAAUUUCACAAGUUCAUAAUUUUUCUUAAGUGCAAUUCACAAUGAUUCUUAGACAUAAUAUUUUCUGAAAUAUAAGAAAAAAAACUUACAAGAACUCUUGAGGUGACAAUAAAAUUCGUAGCUCGUUCUAUCAUUAGUAGCUGCGUAUCAUGGCAGCGUUUGUGGUUCAAAUGUUCUCCAAAUACAGUAAAUUAUUCAGUAAAGUUUAACAUAAAAACAUGUCAAAAUGUGUUUUAAAGUUUGAAAAAGUUUUUUUUAUGCACCAAAAUACAGCCCUUUUUGUCAACAACAGCGCCUCGGGCUUACUUAGUACAGUGGGGUAUUUAAAAAAUAUAUUGAGUGUUUUUAUUAGUUAGUUUAGCUUCCUUGGUAACGGCUUAAGAAUUUCUUAAGAAUUUCGUAGCUAAGAAUUAUAUUAUCACCCUUCAUGAAUAGAACUUAAGAAAAAAUCUUACGUAAGAAAAAAAAUAUCCAUCUUAAGAAAAAGGUAAGAGAAACUUAAGAAAUCAUUGUGGAUUCCAGCCCAGAAUAGAAAUCUCUCAGGAUAUUACUUAACUGUUCUUUUGUAAUUAAUUUAAAGUCAAAUUGUAUAUUAUUUUCAGAAAGCCAGUCAUUAAAGAUUUAACUGUUUUGUGGUAUUCAUUCAGGUCUCAGUGAGUAUGGGUGGUAAAGCACACUGUGCUGUUCCAGUGAUACCCUCCCCUCCCUCUGCAAGCAGGUUGAGAGAGAAAUGUGAGUGAGACUUGUUAGUAAGUAAACAGCUGCACUAUCCCUCUAGCUCUGUACGCCUGUGUGCUAUCCUAAUAAAGCCUUUUGCACCCACGUUUGCGUAUCAACCAUUACUAUACAAGCCUCACAUUAUUAAUAAUAAUAAUCAGAAAUGGUGAAACUUUUGACUGUUGAGUCACAGGUAGCUUCCCAUAUUGUUUUAAUUUAUUUGUAACAUUUCAGCAGCAAAGACUGCAACCCCCCCCCUGCAUUGCAUCACAUGUAGAAUGGGGAGCUGUGUGAGAUGCAAGCUGAUUUUCACCAACUCAGGGUCAGAGCGGCCAGUAAACCCAGUCGUGGCGCUUGUAUCAUACAGCAGACCAUAUAAUAUUAACUAAGCAUCCAAACUAUGCAUUUAAACAUUGCGUAUGCAACAGGGAGGAGGCUGGGUGCAAACCUGCCACCCUGCGCACUGCAAGCGAGCGUUGUAACCACAGUCUAAGAGAUAGUGCAGUUACACAUGCAGCAGUUCUGAGUUGAAUCAUUAUGUUGUGCCUCUCCAGGAGAGAAUGUUAAUAUUCACGCAGGUUGUGCUAUAAAAAUAUAUAAACAAAUCUGUGACAACAAUGAGAAAACAAACACUGAAACUGAAGAUCUUAGUGUUUGGAAAUACAAAGCUAACCUGAGGGAGUUCAAACUGUAAACAGAGCUAAAUGAAGCCACUGCUGGAUGCCAAAGUAGAAACAGGCUUUUCUGCGACAGCUGGUUUUCCGAUUAGCACUAAUCUGGGGUUACCUUAUCUAGGGUAAUGAUAAUGUUCUUCAUAGUGCUGCAGUAAAAGAAACACAUGUUCUAGGUCUGCAGUGAACUUGCUGUGAAGUACAGCAUGAUUGUGGUCAGCUUAUCUACAGUUGCCUGGAACCAUGAUAUUUUUAACAACGUUGGCUGUUUUGAGAAAGUGACGUUCUGUAUGUACUUGAUUAAAUGUUUGUGCAGCAAUAAACCACUGCAAAUAUGGUACGGCUUGUGCGAAAUAACCUUUUCCUUCCUUCUAUGUAUAAUUACGUCCCGCAGUACACAGGCUAAUAGAUCACUUGGGUAUCAUUAUCUGACAUUAACUAGAAAAUACAUGUACUGCCUGCUGAGUGAAGACCAGGGCAGUUGUAUGUGUCUCCCAAGGAUCUAACCUUAGGCCACUGGUUCCCAGCCCUGGUCCUGGGGACCCCCUGUGUCUUCUGGUUUUCAUUACAGCUGAGCUCAAUUAAAUUAUAAGUAACUUGAAAUCUGCAACUUUUUAAGAGCCGUGAACAAUUCAAAAAGUUUAAUUACGCAAAUUGUCAGUUCAAUUAAGUGUUUAGUUAAGUAAUUGAGAGCUCAGUUGGAAUGAAAAUCAGAAGACACAGGAGGUCCCCAGGACCAUGGUUGGAAACCACUGGCCCAAUGCCUUCAUCAACUUUGUUGUAAUUUGUUUUGUAAGAUUUCAUAUGGAUAUAUAUGUAUUUUUUUAGACCUGAUCCUUCCCUAAAUAAAAUCAACACACUUUUACUGUACACCUAGGAUACUGCAGCUUGAAAUAAAUCUAUUCAGCAGCUUUG